UUUGGAGUUUCCAUUUGUGGGAAGUGGGCUUGAAAGCGCUUUCUUCAAAUGACAGUGGGUGUGUACGACAGAGGAAAAGCCAUGCGACACGAGCCCAACAAUUUCCAUUUUCCAGGAUAAAAUUCAAUUCCACACAUCAAAAGAAAAGAAAUUCGAAUAUUAAAUGAAGAAAGACAGUGUGAGUUUGAGUUAAGGUUCCACGAAUCUCACACUUCUUACUUUUUUAGAUUCGCUUUCUUUAUAUCUAUAAUUCUGUUCUUCUCUUAAUAUGCACUCAGUCUUGUAUUCGUCUCCGUCAUUAUCGUCAUUCCCUUGAUCUCCUCUCAAGAACCCAUUCAGAGGACACAAAUUUGCAGACAAAAUCUCGGUGCCUAAAAUGACCAUUUCAACAGAUUCUCACCAAGCAGACAAAUGCUCUCUCCCCAGUGUUGCUCCUCUUAAAGCAAUACUAUUUGAUAUUGAUGGAACAUUAUGUGAUUCAGAUCCUCUUCAUUACUUUGCUUUUCGUGAAAUGCUGCAAGAGGUAGGUUUUAAUGAUGGUGUCCCCAUCAGUGAGGAGUUCUUCAUUGAGAAUAUCAGUGGCAAACAUAAUGAGGAUAUCUGUCACAUUCUCUUCCCUGAUUGGGAUCUCAAGAAGAGUCUAAAAUUUAUGGAUGAUAAGGAAGCAAUGUUUCGCCGAUUGGCGUCAGAACAAUUAAAGCCUGUAAGUGGCCUUAACAAGCUUUGCAAAUGGAUUAAAGAUCGUGGUUUGAAGCGGGCGGCAGUGACUAAUGCUCCAAGACCAAAUGCUGAGCUCAUGAUCUCAAUUCUGGGCCUGUCUGAUUUCUUUGAAACUCUUGUGGUUGGAAGUGAAUGUGAACGAGCAAAACCAUUUCCUGAUCCUUACCUGGAGGCUCUCAAAGCACUCAAAGCAUCACCCAACCACAGUUUUGUGUUUGAGGAUUCUGUCUCAGGUAUAAAAGCUGGGGUUGCAGCAGGGAUGCCAGUUGUUGGCUUAACUACCAGAAAUCCUGAAGAGUUACUGAGCAAAGCAUGGGCGACUUUUCUUAUUAAGGAUUUUGAGGACCCAAAAUUGUGGUCUGCACUGUCGGAUUUGGAGAGAGAGGUAAUAGGAGCAGAUAUUACUGCAUGAAAGGGAUAUGGUCAGUGUAAAACUAUGUCAUAGUAUCUUACAGAAAACCUAAUUAGUUUAAACCAAUGACUAAGCUGGAAAUGAGGUCUUAGUUUUUUCUACUCCAGAUGAUUCUAAAAGAUUAGUUAUUCACAUCCUGAUUUAGGUUGAAAGAUUUGACAUUUGAUUA